AAAAGUAGUCAGUCAGCUGUCUACCUACCUGCAUGCCGCUGAGUCUCAGUAGUCUGCCUGCUAACCUGCUUCGCUUUUAUCAUAAUUUGUCUAGUUAGAAAUAAAUAAUUAUGGAGCUGCAACUGAACUUUAAAUAGCUUAUUGAAUACUACUUAACUGUAAAGCACUUUUAUAUUGCUGCGUUACGUGGUUACGUGCAAUAACUUAGUAAGAUAAAAAAUGGAGCCCAAGCCGUAUGUUGUUGAAUUAGAUCCAGAAACAAAUACUUUACUGAAGAUGUAUCUAUUCCAAAAUAUUCAAAAUUUAGAGGUUAUUAGAAGUAAUAUAAUUCAGGGUGUUUGGAACUGUGCUGCCAUAAAGCCUAAUUUGAUCAUAGAGCCGUUCCAGGUAGCUGUAGCAGCUAAUAGGGCUGUUUUAUCUGAAAAGCAAGGAGCCUUAGUGACUAAAACAGUAUUUUCUGAAAUAUUGUACAAUUUGUCACUGACAAGGAACAUUACUCAGAGUCUGACUAGGUUUGGGAUAGAGAAGGAUCCAAACCUGUUAAUUUGUUUUUUAGUCACUGAUCAAUCAGAUGCUAGUAAAGACAUUUUACCACAAAUUGAAGGUGAAAUGUUGCCUAUGAGUGACUUGAAAGGAUUUACAUGCUCGAAGAAUCUGAAGAGUAUUUACAAGUUGAAAGACAUACCAACACAUCAAGAUUUAACAGAUGUUAUUGUCAGCAGAAUGGUCACUAAAAAUUUUGUGACUCAUUGAUUAAAUAAAGUUUUACCACUGAA